CCUCACACCUAACCAGCCUUGCCUCUCCCGUGGACUCCGGGUGCUGCUGUGUGCCCAGGCAGCUAUCAAGGGACCUGCACUGGUGGACAACAGAGCACUGGGAUAAUUCUGCCCAGACAGGGAAAGUUGGACCCUUCCAUCCAGAAGGGAAGGAACGUGCCUCUCUUGGCCUCCCCCUGUGUCAGUCAGGAAUCAUGUGGCUGGAACUUCUUCUCGCCUCAGUGCUGGGCCUUGUCAUCUACUGGUUCGUCUCAAGGGACAAGGAAGAAACCUUGCCACUUGAAGAUGGGUGGUGGGGCCCAGGGACGAAACCUUCAGCCAGGGAAGAUGAGAGCAUCCGACCUUUCAAGGUGGAAACAUCAGAUGAAGAGAUCAAGGACUUACACCAGAGGAUUGAUGGGUUCCGUAUAACCCCACCCUUGGAGGGCAGCCGCUUCCACUAUGGCUUCAACUCCAACUACCUGAAGAAAGUUGUGUCCUAUUGGAGGAAUGAGUUUGACUGGAAGAAGCAGGUGGAGCUCCUCAACAAGUACCCUCACUUCAAGACCAAGAUUGAAGGACUGGACAUCCACUUCAUCCAUGUGAAGCCCCCCCAGCUGCCCUCAGGUCGCACCCCAAAGCCCUUGCUGAUGGUGCACGGCUGGCCUGGCUCCUUCUUCGAGUUUUACAAGAUCAUCCCACUACUAACUGACCCCAAGACCCACGGCCUGAGCGAUGAGCACGUGUUUGAAGUCAUCUGCCCCUCCAUUCCUGGCUAUGGCUUCUCAGAGGCAUCCAGCAAGAAAGGCUUCAAUACAGUGGCGGCUGCUAGGAUCUUCUACAAACUGAUGUCGAGACUGGGCUUCCAGAAAUUCUACAUUCAAGGUGGAGACUGGGGGUCCCUGAUCUGUACCAACAUGGCCCAGCUGGUCCCCAACCACGUGAAAGGCCUUCACUUGAACAUGGCUUUCAUUUCGAGAAAUAUCUACACCCCGACACUUCUCUUGGGCCGGCGUUUUGGGAGAUUUUUGGGCUAUACUGAGAGGGAUAUUGAGCUGCUGUACCCUUUGAAGGAGAAGAUUUUCUUCACCAUCAUGAGGGAGAGUGGCUACUUCCACAUCCAGGCCACCAAGCCAGACACCGUGGGCUGUGCUCUGAAUGACUCUCCUGUGGGCCUGGCUGCCUACAUCCUAGAAAAGUUCUCUACCUGGACCAAACCAGAAUACCGGGACCUGGAGGACGGAGGCCUGGAGAGGAAGUUCACCCUGGAUGAUCUGCUGACCAAUAUCAUGAUCUACUGGACAACAGGGACCAUCGUCUCCUCCCAGCGCUUCUACAAGGAGAAUCUGGGCCAGGGUAUCAUGGUCCAUAGGCAUGAGGGGAUGAAGGUCUUUGUGCCCAUGGGCUAUGCUGCCUUCCCUUGCGAGCUACUGCAUGCCCCGGAAAAGUGGGUGAAGGUGAAGUAUCCCAAGCUCAUCUCCUAUUCCUACAUGGAACGUGGGGGCCACUUUGCUGCCUUUGAAGAGCCCAGGCUUCUGGCCCAGGACAUCCACAAGUUUGUGUCCCUGGCAGAGAUACAGUGAUGAUGUUGGAGACCAAACAUGGUUUAAACAACUGUCCUAGUUCUUCCUGAGUCACCCCUGGGGAAGAUAUCCCCUUUCUGAAAAAUAAGCUUGUUUCUAUUCCCUGUCUACACUGGGAGCCCAGGUUUUCCCCCACAGAGACACCUCCCACCCUCCCAAAUGUACCACCCUACUACACACCUGUAUUAAACUAUGUGGCUUUGAUGAUAAAUGAUUUUAUUUCUAAGA